AUGUUUGAAGAUUAUCAAGGUACACCAGAUUCAAAUAAUUUGCCAGUAUUUAAUCCUCUAGGUUUUAAUACAAAAUUAAAAAUGAAUAUCGAGUGCACAUAUUUUUUUUUUGGUAAUGGUUAUGUCAUGAAUCAAUUUAGUACAGCACAAAUAUUUCUUAUUGCUAAAACAAAUAAUAUACCUGUUGUGAAACAUAAAUUUUUUGAAUCAGUUCAAAUUGAUAGUUUCAUUUCUAAUAAACUUGAUGAUCAAAGUGAAUUAACUAGUAAUCAUUCAGUUCUUUAUUCAGCUAUGCUAUUCUCAUCAUCGACAAGUCAAACUUCAAAUUCAUCAAAAUCAAAUUUAAAUAGUCUUGAUAUGACAUGUGAUGUCAUACCAUCAAUAUUUAUAAGUACUGUUAUUACAGAAUUGGGUAUUUUAUCAUGA